AUGUCAUUUUCUGAGGAUCAAUUUGUCAGUAAGCUCAAUACCUUAGAAGAUACUCAAGAGUCUAUUUCUAGCGCAUCAAAAUGGCUUCUGUCUCAAUACAAGGAAGCUCCAAGGAUUGCAGAAUGCUGGAAGAAUUAUAUGCUUAAGAAAGGUGUUAACACUAGGAGAAAGUUGCUAGGCAUAUAUCUGACCAACCAUGUAGUACAGCAGGCUAAGGGUAAGAAAAUUGUUCAAUUUCAAGUUGCAUUUGGUAAUGUGGCUGCUCAAGUGCUGCGUAAUGUGUAUCCAGAUCUUCCAAAGGACUUGAAACAGAAAGUUAAAAGAGUAUGUGAUAUUUGGAGAAAUAGAGCCAUUUUCAGCGAUCAAGUGUUGAACGAUAUAUGGGCUAGUUUGGAAGCAGAAAAGUCAGAAAGUGCCACUGAGACCAGUCCUCCUAAACUGACUGAAUUAGCGAGACUCCAUCAAGAUAUUUUGAAAGCAGAACAAAGUACGAAUGUAAUGAAAUUAAGGUUUGAUAAGUCGAUCGAGGCCUUGGAUCCUUCAAGUGUAGUAUAUGAAGAAAAUUUAAAGACUGUGACGAAGAUUGGUCAAGCAGCUACUGAUACAGCUACUAAAUCAAUAUCCUACCGGAAAAGAUGCAUUGAGAACCUAACAGAAUUAUUAAAGGAACAACAGAAAUUGCUGGACAACGAGGAAAAUCUGAUAGAAGAAAUUAAUAUGGUCUUGAGGUCAAGGGAUCCCUCCAAUUUUGAGACCACUGCUCAAGAUGAUAACUUAUUACCCACUUACGAAGUUGGUAAUGACGACGAUGAUGAAGAUGAUGAUGGUGACAAAAGCAGUAGUAGCAGCAGUGAUGAUGAGGAUGCAAAAAACACAGAACUAAACGUUGCUCUCGCGAAGAGAGAAAGUGAACCGCUCUCGGGUACCGCUGAUGAACCAGAGUCCAAAAGGCUCAAGAGCUCGUCCCUUGAACAAUCGACAGGGUCAGAAGAGGCUUACGAACCAGAAGCUCCCGGUCCUAGUACCAAUUCAGAUCAAGUUGGGUCUACAGCUGUAACUUCCAGCAUUCAAGAUUUGUUGAGUAAAUUGGCGAAUUAA